AUGAUUGCAGACAAUUUAGCUGCACAUGCUAUUGGUGGUUUUUUCCAAAAUUUGAGUAGAAUAAAACGUUUUUGUCGAUUUUGCAUGGCUGAAAGAAUAUCGUCGACUGAUAUUAAAAUUCGAUCAGCACUAAGGACAAAAGAAAUGUUCAAAAACCACAUUGAAAAUAUUAGUAUCGAUCCUUCACUGUCUUCCACAUAUGGUAUUGCAUGUGAUUCGUGCCUGAAUUCGCUUAAGUAUUUUCAUGUCAUUGAUGGUUUACCACCAGAUUUUGCCCACGAUGUUCUUGAAGGUUUUCCAAAGGAUUUGACAGUGGAUUCAAUUGUGUAUCUAAUGGAUAAAAAAUACAUUUCAUUGUUAGAAUUAAAUAAAGCAAUAGUAAUUUAUCCGUAUUUUGAUGUUGACAAAAAAAAUAAACCACAAGUGAUACAAGAUAGGCCUGCAUCCCAGUUGAAGAUGAAACAAACUGCCAUUGAAAUGUGGCACUUUUGCGUCUUCUACCCUUUUUUAUUGGAGAAAAAAUACCUUUGGAUGAUAAGUGUUGGAAAAUUUUUAUUCUAUUUCGUGACGUUGUAGAUCGUUUAGGGGCACCAUCUUUCCAUCAAGAAGAACUUUUAAUUUUAUCACACUUAAUAGAUGACUUUUUAGAAGAUUAUCUACAGUGUUAUCCCCAAAAUAUUCUCAAACCAAAAUGUCAUUUCUUGCAA